AAUGGCAGAUACUACGAAGAGAUUAAGACGUAGAAAAGUUUAACUUCUAUGAAAUAAGCAACUUUCUAAUAUUUUUAUAACAAUUUCUAUCAAAGAAAACUACAGUAAGCAGCAAUCAGAUAUAUAUAUAUAUGUUAUUUAAAUGUUCAUGCCAAUUUUCAUGAACGUCGAAGAAGUUUCAGUAGUCCCAGAGUUUCAGAAUUUUGUUUUAAAAUGAAAGAGUAAGUUCAAUUGUAUGGAGGCGGCUAGGUUCGUGUGUGACUCUUAUUAUUGCGGCUACCUUAUAGUUAUAGACACAAGUGCGUCAAGCAACGUACAGAAAUAUGGCAAAAGUAGUGGUCAACUAGUAUUUCAGUGGUACGCAGAUUUAAAAUGGUUUAUCUUUACGAAUGUCGCUUAUCGAUAUCGGCUCGGCUUUCGCACUAUUUCCCCUCUGCCGAAGCAUAUGCCCGACUAGACAUAGCGCGGUGCGUGUUAUGAUUCGUCCGUACAUAAAAAGAGAUCGAGGAGCAAGAUUUGUCUUUGUGUGUGUCAUUUUCUACGUAUUUGUGUCGUCAUGACAGAUUAGAUUGUGUAUGUAUGUAGUGAAUGGGAAGUGUGACUGUUUGUACGUUUCCCCCCUAAAAAUAUGGUAGAACAAUUUUCACGGUAACAUAUCGCUUGGGCCCUAUCGCCCUUACGAGGUGUGGGAAGCCGGUGUUGCUCGAAGAUAUCAUGUCACGGUAGAGUAAGCACAUUCGGAGGGUACCCGCGACUGCGCUCUGCCAUGCUCCACACUGCAACGCCGUUGCUAAGCAACGCACAAAACAAAACAAUCCUCCACCGGCUAUCAUUUGUUUUUAAUUUCUAUUUAACUGCCAGUACUGUUAACGCAAAUUCUAACGUUACAACAUCAUUUUACCAGAGUUAUGUCGAUGUUAACAAUUUCUGCGCCGUUAACCCUUCCAUAAAACGGAAUGUUUCGUCGUCAACUGUUAAUUAAUUCGUUUAAAUUAUGACGCGAGCUCCUUGGCUGGUAAUUGUGUUCAUAAUUCAUUUUGGGUGUGUAAUGGUAUUAGAAUUGCCAAGCUCUUGUAAAGUGAGUGAAUAUUAUGAGCCGGGAACGAUGACAUGUCAGUCGUGCCCUGUUAAUGCUUCGAUGGCGACUUCUAGUGAUGGUUUUUCAUGUUCAUGUGAAGAGUCCAGCAUCCCCCUGAACCCCGGGCGUUGUAAGCCAUGUGGUGCCACUGCUCUGGUGUCUACAGACGGUAAUACCUGUGUGCCAAGACGGUGCCAAACGAAUGCCGGGCGGACGGUGUGUAGGAGAUGCCCUGCGGAUUAUGUGUCGGUGACCCAGAACUUCGACGGGUCCCCGAUGAAGGAGGUGCUCUGCGUGAAGUGCGCGCGGGGCUUCAAGGCCGUCAGUAAUGCGUGCGUGCGGUGCGCAGCCUGCGUGUGCGCAAAGAAUGAGAUGGCUGUAAGAGAUAUCUGCGUUCUGAAGAGUUUUGUGAACGCGCGCCCAAAGUACGAAGGUGUGCUGCACCCCUUAGCUUUACUGGACAUUAUCAAAUACGAGUAUCUGUGCAUUCAACACGACUACAGAGCAUGCCGCAGGCUAGCCAGCGAGUGUGUGAACAACUUCUAUCCGAGUGAGGCCGCUGGCCCGUGUCGGCUGUGGCUGCAGCGUGGUUUAGUGGCACAUAAGGGUCUGCCUCCUCUACUAAUUGAGUCAGCUAAUGACAAGGAGCCCGGGAUAGAGCUGCCGCGGGGCAAAGAGUCACUGAAGCUAGCUAUCACUAUACAUACGUCUGCCGGAGGCCUGAAAAUACUGCAGUAUGCAAAGGAUGUCAUUUCACCUUGUUUUUCAGCAAUAGAAAUAACCAUAGGCAAGGAUUUUACACAAGACUGUGUUUACAACAUGACAGAUCUACCCCUGUCGGAUGGAGACACCCUAGCGUUAUACUUACAAAGGGCCGAGGAUUUAACCCCGAUACCAGUAGCGCUGCGAAAACCCGCCGGAAAUCUUGUUCAGCGAACGACAUGGCCCUCGAGCAAGUUUCGCCGGUAUUUCGUCGUACACAACUCUCUGUCACCGACUAAUUCUACCAACACGAUCUACCUGAGGACCCUUCUUAUAUAUUUACGUAUGCAGAGAAGCAAGUCUCUCAGCACGCACAUGACGAUCGAAGCACAAUACGCCACGAAGCAGACGUAUACUCGUUCCAUCACAACUACCCUGAAAAUCGAGCAUGAGAUGCCUAGCGCCGGUGUUUUGAAGGGACUUGAGAUAUGGGGAGGAGUGCUCGGCGCUCUACUAUCCUGCUAUGCUUUGGUGCAGUGGCGGGGCGUUGUGCGCAGAGGUGGACUCCAAAUAUCUCUGCUGCCUUUGCUAGCCGGAGCUAUAGCUGACGCAAUGUAUUUUGCGGCGUGGUUGGCGACGCUGCACGCUUUAGCAGCUGAAGCAGGCUCACAUGGACUGACGCUGCCGCCAGCGACUGCAGAAGAGCAUAUCGUCAGGGCAUUCAUCUACUCCUCCGUAUCACUAAAGGCAAUCAAAACAGCUUGGGUAAACUGGCGGCAAUGUCGCUGUGACAUCUUCUUUCUGGAUUGGUCAGAAUAUAAUCCACCAAUGAAGGAUACAAUAGCUGACAACAAUUUGUGGAAGACCAUGAUGGUAGCUCGAGAAUGGUCCUCAAUGCAGACGAAGAGACGAGCCAACCCUGGGUAUACUGUAGCGCUGGCUCUCGUUAUUUUGCAUGUCCUUUCUCCCUGGCAACUCACCUUGCCCAACAGCGCAAGCUACACCUGGGCCGUGGGAACACUGGCGUGGUGGGCGGCCUACACCGCCGUACUGCUUGCGCAGUGGGUGUGGGAUCGGAUAGCGGGGUCCCCGACGCUGGGCGUAGCGCGCGUGUGCGACGGUGUGGGGUUGUCGCUGCUGGUGUUUCAAGAGGAGUUUUAUGCGCAUUAUGUGCAUGGCAGAAAUAAUGGGUCCCCGGAUGCCAAGACCAUGUCGGGCCCGCUGGAGGCGUGUCGGGUCGUGUGCGCGCCACAACUCAGGAAUGUUUACAAGCAGCUGGCGACCUCUGGCCUGGGAGCUAUGGACGAACACGAGACGAGACAGGCGCUUCUCUCGAGGUUUUUAGCUGCGUUUUUUGAGCGGGCUCUAGAUGGUCUCAGCUGGGUUGCCAGCGAGAGGACAGUACUGGAGCGACUACUGGACGUGGAACUCGUAGCUCGAGAGGCUGGCAACACUAGUGCACUGCUGUAUGAUCCCGACAGCAUGCCUUCGUGUUUCGCCGUCAGUUGGUGGGGUGAAGAAUGGACGUUGGCGACACUGGACGCCAUGUUGUUUGGCUGCAUCCUGCUAGCCACUAAAGACUGGCUGCUGGCCGCCUUAGCCACUCUGGCAGUGUGGCAGAUAGCGAAGCAGUUGCGAGCGUGGUUCGGUGACAAGAAUCUUAAACAACACAUCGGUAUUGAAGACAUACUGUAGCGAAACAAUCAUCUUAAGAACCUCUUUCGAGAAAGCACAUUAUACGAUAUUGCUGCAGUCGUCUUCCUAUCUUGUAUAUGGGGCGCAUCAAGUACAUGCGUAAUCAAAAAUCGCAAAGAUUGCACUUACUCGGUGGUCUGCGAGGGCCAUCCGGGUACCGUCAGCAACCUCUGUAACUCUAACGC